UUAAGUUUAGUCUGAUUAAAUUUGUCGUGUUGUACGGUCGUGUUAUGGCUUCGUUUUUGUUGUUGAUUUUUUUUUAAUUCGAUACUUCUUUCCAUUAACAUUCCGUGUGUAUGCAUAAAAUAAAAGUUCUUUAUCGGCCGUUUUGAUUUUGAGUCGGACUAAAAAUAUAUGAAAAAAUUCCGCACCGAAGAAUCGCAGUUUUUAAUUAGAUUUUUUCCGCUGUAUAUAUAGAUCAUAAUAAAGAAAAAUCGUUUAAAGAGCGAUAAUUCCGUAAAUUGUUGUGUCGUCGAUUUUGCGUCUGGUGUGUUUAUUUAUACCGAUUAACAAUCAAUAAAUAUAUCGUGUCUAAUAAUCGGAAUGAAUUGCAAAUGGAUUUUUUGUUUGAAUUCGGAGUUGUGUUGUGUUUAUCAAUUUGGCGAUAUAUAAUUCCAUUCAACAGGAAAAUGAAAUAAUUGCGCGCAUGACGUCGUUUUCUGUUAUCAGCCAGCGAUAUAUAAAUAGUUCCCAAUCCACAAUUAACAAUAAAUUUGUUCCGAUUAAUUCAAUUUAAAUAGAAUUUUGGAUUAGUGUGUAUAAAGAGAUCUCUAGUUGGUUGUAUGAUUUAAAUAUGUAAUUCACCUCGCUGAUUAACAUUGAACAACAAAAUUUACUUAAAGACAUUUUACUCGAUAAUUAAGUUGGAUUUAUAAUAUGUAAAUGAAUGGCUGGUCGUUUCACCAGUUUAAUUAUGAUAUUUGUUUCUUCUCGUUGUGUUUCUUUAAAACUUAAUUCCUUUUAAUUUGAAUAAAUGAUAGUUCUGUGUCGGAAAAUGAUAUGGUAAAUCUAUGCUCACAGAAUAAAUAAACAAUUUUUUUUACGUGUUCGAAGAAAAACAAGUUCAGUUAAGAGAAUGAUGUUGACGAUAUUAAAUGACAAGAGAGUGGAAUGAUGUGUGCAACUUCUAUCAAGGCAACUAUUAACUUAAAAUACUGAAAAAUAUAUAUUCAGAAUAUCGCUGUGAGAACAACUCUUUUAUUAUAACUUGUGGAUUCUGAUGUUGUUCGUUCGGUCAUUAUGAUUGUGAUCGUUUUGAAUAGAUAAAUUUUCACCGGUCGUCAUUUUUCAAAAAGACGAAAGAUUAUUUCACGAAAAAAUGUAAUCAAACAAAAUUAUUUUGAAAUCGGACAUUGUGACCAAAUGGAAUAUCAUUACUCAUCUAACGCGUAUAGUAAGUGGUAUAAUAAUAUUACAUGCAGUGGACAUCAUUCUUCCUAAUUAAAUCCGAAUAAAUUACAAUAUUAACCACAGCACGAAGUGAAGAUUGUAAACAAUUUUUUCUUUUAAAUAAAGCGGUAAAAUCUAUGCAAAGUGAAGUGGCCGUUCGGAUUUUAAUUUAAUUUAAUUUUCUCUACGUUUUCUAUCCACUUUGAUAUUUUCGCCGAUUAGAUGCGGUUGUUGGAUUAAACUUGUUAUGAAGUGUAGUGCUACUCACUUUGGUAACCAGACAUUUUAACGGAUUAUACUAUUUAAAACUGGUAUGGCUUCGAUGCGGUAUUAAGUUGCACAACAUCACAAUGCCGAUAACAAGGGAUACCCAAUUACCACAAAAUAAACCGGUACGGCCGGGAAGUGGAUUAAGUUUGAGUGUUUUGGACUUACAAGCAAUCAGAAAACUACUGGAAACAGAAACUGGCGGACUAGUAUGUCCCAGCUGCCAGAUGCCAUUUGACAAGGGUAAGAAGAGAAAGCUGAUCGACAAUUGCGGCCAUGAACGUUGCUAUUCAUGCAUGUUCCGAAACGAACAGUGCCCCGUCUGUAAGCGGCAAGAUUUGGAACACAAACGAGAAAUGCUACCAUGCAACACAAGAAAAUUACAAGAUUAUGACACCAGCAUCGGCGGAUCAACAACCACAAUUAGUCCUCUGCUUGGGUCACCGCAAAGACCAUAUCGUUCGUCUGGCAGGGCAAACGGUUUUCUCGAAAAUUAUAUGCAGUCGCGUCACGAACUAACAUCACCAGAACCGGAUUCCGGCACUGGAUCAACCUCGCACCGAACAAACAUUUUCCACACAAAGUCACAAUCUGGCGGAUUGGCCGAUAUUAACGUUCACUCAUGUGCCACUCCACCGCAACACAGACGCCGACUGUUCAAUCCGAAAAGUCUACGCAGUCCUUUCGGUCAAAAGAGGCAUGUGAACAAGGGUUCGUUUACCGAAAAUUCGUCAACACUUUCAGGAGUCACAUCUCUCGACACAUCAACCCAUUCCGAUUCCAUUGUCACGCGCAGGAUUCGAUCGAAAUGUGGUUCGAAUGACAAUAAGGCUCAGAAUCGUCUUAGUCUCGGCAGCACAUCUGCGUAUGCGGGCCAUUUAUCAUCGCUGGUAUUCGGGAAAAUAAAGUCUUUGUGGACGGCACAAUCAUCGACGGCUAAUUCCGGCCUGAAUCAACUUGCAGACGACGAAGGAGGCAAUGUCAAACCAGUUCAACUGAAUGGAAAAUCCAAAAACUCACAAGAUGAACUACAGCUUCGUCUGGGAUUCUUUUUGCAAAAUAAUUCCCGACGAAAUGUUCGAUCGACUCCUGCCCAAUCGUGUAGCUCGCUAGCAUCGGCCAAUACGAGUCCUGUGUCGACGCUCACAGGUUCAUCGGAAGCGGAUGUGUCUAGAGUUCUACAAGAUUCCAAUGUAUACAAUAACAUCGGUUGUGAUUCGAUAGGGUCGUUAAUGUCCGUAUCGAUUUCCGGUAACAGCAAUGGAUCAUCGAGUCCGUUGAGUAGACGGCAUUCAGUGACAACUGCCCAACAAGGACACAUUGAGGACCUUGCUAUUUUCAAAACCAGAAAGUCGCUCGUCAGACGAUCGGCUCGAUCAACACAUCACAAAGAAUCGUUGGACCCAAAGAUUUUUGCUCAAUAUCGACCACUUCAGCUGACGUUGAAACCACUGUUUUUUGAGGUGCCACUGCAGGAGCCAGAUCCACUGUUCAUUGGACGGCAUUGGUUGUUACGAGAGUUAUCCAACACAAUAUCCACAACUGAAUCUGCGGGAAUUCUGAUUAACGGAAAUCUUGGCACGGGUAAAACUGCCCUAAUUCUACAAUUGGUCGAAUACUCCUGUUUCGGUCGGCGCCACGACAGUUAUUCUCAAGAAAAUGACGGAAUUAUUCGUCAAGUCAAUGUGGCCCAAGACCGAAUUCGUUCCUUAGCUUCACAGGUUGUCGCCUACCAUUUCUGUCAAGCCGACAACAAUUCAACGUGUUUAGUUCCUGAUUUUAUCCAUUCGCUGGCUGCUCAACUAUGUCAAGCACCACAACUAUCCAACUAUCGAGACUACAUCCUCGGCGAUCCAAAUUUGCAAAAUAUACUGAGCGUCAAGGAGUGCGUAGCCAAUCCAGAACGUGCAAUGAAAAUGGGUAUACUCGAGCCGUUGAUCAUUCUGAAACGCACCGGAAAAAUCUCUGCAAAGAAUUGCAUCAUUCUCAUCGACGCCUUCUGCGAAGCAGAAUACCAUCGUCCCGAUCACGGAGACACCAUCGCAUCAUUCCUAGCAAAAAUGACCGAACAUUUUCCCUCUUGGCUGCGAAUCAUCGCCACCGUCCGAACGCAAAUGUUGGAAUUCGUCAAGGGACUGCCGUACACACGGAUGACGUUGGACAGUUGGAAUUCGAACGAAAGUCUUCAGAAGGACAUCUUUGACUACAUAACAUUCCGUAUCAAUCACAGCAUCAGCAUCCAGAAGAAUACGAAUGGUGGCAAAGAAUCGGGUCAAACGAAAUUCGCACAGCAUUUGCUGGGACUGUGCCGUGGCUCGUUCCUAUUCGCCAAACUAACGCUCGAUUUGAUUGAACGCGGUUAUUUGGUGAUCAAAUCCAGCAGCUUCAAAGUACUUCCGGUUUCACUGGCUCAAAUUUUCCUGUUGCAUUUUAAUCUCCGGUUUCCGACGGCAACGACCUACGACAAGGUUUUCAAUAUGAUCAACGUGUGUUUGGCCGCACUGUAUCCUCUCACCUUGUCGGAAAUUUUCCAGUCGGUGAACGCAUUACAAGCUACCGAUCCAAUGGACUGGAACGAGUUCGUGUUUGCAUUCAAGCAACUGUCCGGCUUUUUAGUGAAACGCAUCGACAACACGUACAUGUUCUUUCAUCCGUCGUUCAGGGAGUGGUUAAUUCGCCGUGAUGAAGGAGAGAGUACAAAGUUUCUGUGCGAUUUGCGGAUGGGUCAUGCCGGCUUAGCAUUUAAAUUGUCCCGAAUACAAGCGCCACUGGAUGCGGAACAGGCUCUCGAAUUGGGCCAUCACAUACUCAAGGCUCAUAUUUAUCGAAAUGCACCCAGUCAUCAUUCUCCCCGUGACCUUCAAUCGUACUGGAUCACAUCCGUUACGAAUUGCAUUUCAUCUGCUCUCUGUACACUGCGCAAUGUCUACAGUCCGAAUGUUAAAGUUUCGCGUCUAUUAUUGCUGGCAGGAGCAUCACCCAAUUUCAUCACUAGUUUUCUCGGUAGAGCACCCAUUCUUUGCAUAGCUGCGCACGAAGGAAAUGUUGCGAUGGUAAAGUUACUGUUGGAAUUCGGAGCCGAUGUCGAAUUGGCCAAUAGUCAAGGAUGUACCCCAUUGAUUUUAGCUGCGUCGAAUGGUCAUUGUGAUGUAGUACGGCAAUUAGUUGUGGCUGGUUCGUCACUGGGUCACAUCGACACAGCUAACAGAUGUGCCUUAGUUCAUGCCGCUCGAAUGAACAAAAUUACCGUCGUCAAAUACUUGAUAGCCUGCGACUGGAUAUCACGAUCAGACUCGAACGAUGUGACUUUAGUGGAAGCAGGCCAACAAGCUCUAAUUGCAGCAGCAUCUCAAGGCAAUACAUCAAUCAUCGAAGACCUGCUGGACAUGGAAGAUUUGCUAAUAAACGCAACGGACUCAUUGACCGGUGAAACCGCAUUGAGUAGCUCAUCCAAAAGUGGACAUACAGAAACAGCUGCAGCUCUAAUGUCACGUGGAGCGUUAGUCGAUGGCAAGAAUAAGAAAGGAUUGACACCGUUGUUGCUAGCAGUAAAGGAAGGCCAUUGGGCAGUUACGGAAAGACUCUUGCAAAACCAGGCAGAUGUCGAACAAACAGACUUGAGCGGAAAAACAGCAUUAAUCAUUGCCGCUGAAGAGGGUCACGUCGGUAUCAUCGAACUGUUGGUGAAUCGUGGAGCAUCAUUGUUGGCACAAGAUCGAGACGGUUUAACGGCACUAAGUUGGUCAUGUUUACGUGGUCGACUACAGGCGGCUAAAUGUUUAACGGAACGUAAUUCGGAUAUUCACCAUGUUGACAACACCGGUCGAACGCCACUCGAUUUGGCUGCGUAUCAAGGAUCAGCUGCACUGGUUCAAAUGCUUCUGGAUAAAGGAGUCAAAAUUGAGCAUGUUGAUAUGAAUGGGAUGCGACCGUUGGAUCGGGCUAUAGCGUCGCGAAACAUUCAAGUGGUACAGGUCUUUCUGAAGCGAGGAGCGAAACUGGGUCCAGCAACAUGGGCCAUGGCAGCCGGAAAACCUGAGAUAUUACUUCUUCUGCUCAAUAAACUUCUAGAGGAUGGCAAUGUGUUAUACAGAAAGAAUCGGCUGCAAGACGCUGCACAUCGAUAUCAGUAUGCCCUGAGAAAGAUUCCGAACCACACAGCGUUUGCAGAGCAUAGUACCACCUUCUUACAGUUGAAGGUGAAUUUCUUGCUGAAUCACUCGAGGUGUAAGAGAAAAAUGAAAGAAUUCGCUGAGGCAACGGAUUUGGCAAGUCUGGCAAUCGAUCUGCGACCGGACAAUUACGAGGGUUACUAUGCACGGGCCAAGGCAUUUAUGGAACUGGACGACAUUGAAGCGGCGUUGAAUGACGCACAGGAAGCGAUAAACCGGUCUGUCAGCGCUUCGGUGGAUAUUCAACAGAUUCUGGUGCGAUUACAAAAGGAAUUGUAUCAACGGUCGGUUGCAAGUAACGGACAGUUGGCUGAGUCAAGUGAUACCGUCACGGUUUUGUGAGUCAACCGAUAAAUGCCAUGGUUUAUUGGGAGUUUGUGGCUUUUAACUGCCUUUCUUUAAGCUUAAGACUGACUGUGAAAAUCGAAAUUUUUAUAAAUUUGUACGAAGUGAGAAACUCGAAGACAAAUUGUGUGAAGUGAGUGCUUAAAGUGUUUACUUCGAAAAUCUAUUUUAAAUAUGGUUUGUAGUCCCCCGCUAGCAUAUUACGUGAAAGUUUUAUAUAAUUUAUUUCCUUCCCCACCCCCGAUUUCCCAAUUUUUUUUACUUAAAAAUAUUUUUAAUUUAAAAUCAUUUAUUAGUCGUAAGUGAUGGAUUGCCUUUCCCUUUAUCUUUGUGUUUAUUGCCAUUAUUUACGAACGAAUUAUCUACAAAAAAAAAAUGAACGAACGUGUAAUGAAGGUACUACCGUCGUAUACGAUUAUGUAUUUUACUUUGUCAAUAAAUUUGUGUAGAGUUC